UCUAUAAGUAUCAUCUUCGUUGGCAUCAGUGUCCUCUCAGAAUAUUCACCUUGAUCCUGCAUCUACCGCCUGUAUCCCACGAGGCACUCGCUUUUCGCCUGAAGCCGCCCGCCCGUAUGUCGACGUUUCACGAACUGGUUGCCGACCUCACAAGGGACGCAGAACGCGCUCAGCCCAAGGACGCACUCCAGUUCUGCGCAUCCUGGUUUCAAUCGCGGCUCGAGGAGCAGCGGACCCGGAUCCGCGAUGUGCUCUCCCGCCGUCCGUCGUUGGUGGCAUCGUUGCCCGCAGACAUCUUUGUAGACACACCGCACAUAGCAUCCAGUAUACCGUCUACUUCUUCAAACUUCACAGAUCCCUUCUACGGGGGGGCGCGUGCUUCCCUAGAUGAUUUAUACAGUGGCGGUCCGUUCACCAAUCCCCCUCAUCUGGGCGAUGGCAUCGCGCCCUCCGCCAGCACUGUUCAACGACCUACUUUCCGCUUUAACACGAAUGAUACACCUUCAGACCCCCUUGACCGAAACUCUUUCAAUCAUACCACGCCCGGCCCGUCGCCGGCUCCAAACAUGCUCGCUCCUUAUCCCCCCACCGCUAGCCACAGUAUAUACGACAGGCGCUCGUCGAUUAGCGCCGAGCCGAUAUUGGUGGACCAAGAAAGCGAUGUCCCUCUUCCGGUAUACCCUAAGACUGAAGACCAGUUGCAGCGCAUCAGGGCCUACAUCGCUCCCGACAACUUCAUAUUCCGGGAUCUGGAUGAGGAGCAGCUGUCGGGUGUCCUGAACGCUAUGAAGGAGACGCACGUCAAGGCGGGGACCGUCGUCAUCCGCCAGGGCGACCAGGGCGACUACUUCUAUGUUGUAGAGUCCGGGCUCUUGCACUGCUUCAUUGCGGACAGCGCGAAGUAUCGCUCGGAACGUGAUGGGCACUUGGAUCAUGGUGAAUCGGAGGGUGCACUGCUCGAUAGCGCGGCGUUCCACCCCAAUUUCGGAAAUCUGGUGCAGAAAUGCGAACCGGGGAGCUCGUUUGGCGAGCUCGCGCUCAUGUACGGCCACCCGCGCGCGGCCUCUGUUGUGGCCAUCCAGGACUCCACACUGUGGUCUCUCGACCGCAUCACGUUCCGCACGAUCAUAUUGAAGGCCGCGCACCGUCGUCGGACGCUGUACGAACACUUCCUCUCCGGUGUUCCUCUGCUCACCUCGCUGUCGGCAACGGAGCGCAGCAAAGUCGCCGACGCGCUGGUGAGCAAGGUGUACCAGGAUGGAGAAGCCGUGGUCAAGGAAGGGGAUAUAGGCGACACGUUCUUCUUCGUCGAGGAGGGCCAGGCGACGGUCACGAAGUCAAAGGAAGGCGAAGAGAUAGUCGUCGGGGACUUGAGUCGGGGCGAUUAUUUCGGAGAACUUUCUCUCCUCAGGCUUGAGCCACGAGCGGCGACGGUGAGCGCUGUGCGCCGCCCUGUUGACUCGAAUGUACCAAAAUUGAAGGUCGCGGCGCUGGAUGCGCAAGCGUUCACGCGGUUGCUGGGGCCGCUGAGGGAGCUCAUGGAGCGGAACGUAGGGAGCUAUAGAAAUUAUCAGAUGCGCUAGGUGCCGGCCGCGUGUUUCUUGUCGUAGUUGUUGUCUUGUUGUACUGUCUGUUGGACGUGUAAGCGAUAAUUUGUGUGUUUGGCAGGUUC